CGGAAAACCACCAACCUUUCACUUCUAAUCUUCAACACCUCUCGUAGUUUCCAAAUCUGAAAACACGUCACCCUCAACUUUCGUCCAAUGGAGCCUUUGCACCUACCAAAUCUCGAGCAAAAGACGCUGGCCAUAUUCGACAGCCUUGCCAGCCAGGAAAAGAUAUUCUAUGAAGAAGCCCCGUCUGAAUUGAUCACAAUCAACGGCUUUGAUUUCCAAUUCAUCAUCGCAGGCAUACUGAACAAGAAGCCCAUCCUUCCCGCAAAUGCGCCCAGUAGGAAAAAGGCCGGUGGUCCAUUCAUCAACCCAAAUCCAGAAGAAAUCGUAACGGAAUUGGGUUCCACACAUCGUCUUCUGGUCAACAAAUGGGGUAUAUUUCGACCAAUGACUGUGAUUCCUACCACACACUAUGCUCUUCAGACCGAUGAUUUGGACAUGUCAGAUAUCAAUGCGGCAUGGUCUGUUUUGAAAGCAUUCGAGACGCCUUCGUUGAUCAUUUACAAUUGCGGUGUCAAUGCUGGGUCGUCGCAGGGACAUAAGCAUACGCAGGUGUUUCCACUGCCUGAGCAUGCGGUGUGGCCUUCGAGGGCUUGCUCCUAUGAUGACGUCUCCACAAACAUAGCAAACGUGCCAUUCAAGCACUUCGCCAUCCGUCUCCCCAGCCACGCCGACACAAAAACGGCAUAUGGAGCAUACCUCCGCCUCCUUGAGAUGUCGCGUGAAACGCUAGCGAGAUUGGGUGAAGGCAGCAGAGAUUACAAUGUAGCCAUGACCGCGGACUGGAUCACCGUUAUACCUCGUCGAAGUAGCGAGGGUCCUUACGGAGCCAAUGCUGCCGGUAUGCUGGGGAUUGUGUAUCUACCCGAUCAACAGGAGCGAGACAGAUGGGCCCAAGUCGGAUAUACAAAGCAGCUUGAGGCUUUCGGUAUACCAGUCCACGCUUGAGGGGGUCACAACUUGAUCUUCCUGUCCUUAUUUUUCUCUCUGCUGAUUUCUUCUCAUGUGCUAUACAGAGCUGUAUAAACACAAAGUGUCACGGAGUGAAACGGCCAUCCAGCACACGCGUGCAAAACAGGCACUACGCAUGCAAAAUCAUCCAUUUCGUUCUUGGGCCCGUAUGUGAGCAGAAUUUGCUUGUGGUAACACACAACGUUUUCAGCACUCGAGCUGGAUCCAGUGAAGCCUCGCCAGAGAAGCACUCUCCUCAAGCGAGUACCCCUCUCUCAAAACUAUCGUGCAUUGCUACAGCGCAUAAAUGGAGUGGUCAAGGAGUAAGAUACAAUGGUC